AUAAUAUGAGAAGCAGAGAUAAAACCGAAAGACAGUAAAAGCGCAUAAACCCUAGCUCGAAAAUCUCGCGAUAAAUAAAAAAAUUGCCUCGUCUGCAAUCUCCGUUUAUAUCUCCGUCGAGAAGACCAAUCUAUCUCCCCUGCUGUCAUUACUACCGCGGAAGAGUUGCUGCACGCCCAUGGUUCGAGAAAAAGAUGUCUGUUGGGAAUAUGCUGAUAAAUUAGACGGAAACAAGGUAAGAUGCAAAUUUUGCCAAAGGGUUUUAAAUGGAGGCAUCAGUAGAUUGAAACACCAUCUAUCUCGACUUCCAAGUAAAGGAGUAAAUCCUUGUAGCAAGGUCAGAGACGAUGUUACUGAUAGGGUACGGGCAAUUAUUGCAUCAAAAGAAGAUGUCAAAGAAAACUCUAGUGUGAAAAAGCAGAAGCUGCCAGAAGUCAAGUCUCCAAGUCCUGUUUCUGCAACUAAAGCUCUUCUAUCUAUAGAUGCAGCUUCCCCUGUAAUGAAGGGCUUCCUUACAGUCAGUCCUAUGACUCCUCCCUCUGUGAACCACCAAGAGAAUGCAGAGAAAAGUAUUGCUCUCUUCUUUUUUGAGAAUAAGCUAGACUUCAGCGUUGCACGGUCUUCAUCCUAUCAAGUAAUGAUUGAAGCCAUAGGGAAGUGUGGUCCGGGAUUCACUGGUCCAUCAGCAGAGAUGCUGAAGACAACAUGGUUGGAAAGGAUAAAGUCAGAAGUUGCCCUACAGUCAAAAGAUGUUGAGAAAGAGUGGACUACCACUGGUUGUACAAUUAUUGCAGACACAUGGACCGACAAUAAAUCAAGAGCCUUAAUUAAUUUCUUAGUCUCGUCACCAUCCAGGACGUUUUUCCACAAAUCUGUGGAUGCAUCUGCAUAUUUUAAGAACACAAAAUGCCUUGCUGAACUUUUUGACUCUGUUAUUCAAGAGUUCGGCCCUGAAAAUGUUGUGCAAAUUAUUAUGGAUAGCAAUUUUAACUACACUGGCAUUGCCAAUCACAUUGUCCAGAACUAUGGAACUAUAUUUGUCUCUCCUUGUGCUUCCCAAUGUUUAAACCUCAUUUUGGAGGAAUUCUCAAAGGUAGAUUGGGUAAGCAGAUGCGUUUUACAAGCACAGACCAUAUCAAAGUUUAUAUACAAUAAUGCAUUGUUGCUUGAUCUCAUGAAGAAGUUCUCUGGGGGCCAGGAACUAAUCAGGACCAGCAUUACAAAAUCAGUAUCCACCUUCCUUUCAUUACAGUCUAUGCUGAAGCAAAAAACAAGAUUGAAGCAUAUCUUCCACAGCCCUGAAUAUGCGUCAAACUCCUCAUAUGCAAAUAAACCACAAUGCCUAUCUUGUAUUGCAAUUGCUGAAGAUCUUGAUUUCUGGAGGACUGUGGAAGAGUGUGUUGCUAUCUCCGAGCCUUUUCUGAAAGUGUUGAGAGAAGUUUCUGAAGGAAAACCAACUGUAGGUUCCAUAUAUGAACUAAUGACGAGGGCAAAGGAGUCAAUUAGGACAUACUACAUAAUGGAUGAGAACAAGUGCAAAACAUUCUUAGAUAUUGUGGAUAAAAAGUGGCGGGACCAACUCCAUUCUCCUUUACAUGCCGCCGCCGCCUUCUUGAACCCUGGUAUUCAAUAUAAUCCUGAAAUAAAAUUUCUUUCCUCUAUAAAAGAAGACUUUUACAAGGUUUUGGAGAAACUGCUUCCUGUACCUGACAUGAGGCGUGAUAUCACCAAUCAAAUCUAUACCUUUACAAAGGCUCAUGGGAUGUUUGGAUGUAGCCUCGCAAAGGAGGCACGAACAACAGUUUCACCAUGGCUUUGGUGGGAACAAUAUGGUGACUCUGCCCCUGGGUUGCAACGAGUGGCCAUUAGAAUAUUAAGUCAAGUCUGUAGCACCUUCUCUUUUCAGCGGCACUGGAGUACAUUCCAGCAAAUUCACUCUGAGAAACGAAAUAAGAUUGACAGAGAGACGUUGAAUGACCUUGUCUAUAUAAAUUACAAUCUUAAGUUGGCUAGACAAAUGAAAGCCAAGUCUUUAGAAGCUGAUCCGCUUCAAUUUGAUGAUAUUGAUAUGACUUCGGAGUGGGUAGAGGAGAGUGAAAAUGCAAGUCCGACUCAGUGGCUCGAUCGUUUUGGCCCUGCCUUGGAUGCGAGUGAUCUGAAUACCAGACAGUUUAGUUCUGCUAUUUUUGGCGCAAAUGAUCCCAUAUUCGGAUUGUAAUUAUGGGGCUCAUUAAUUGCUCACUCGGAUCAUGCGUUCUUUGUAUAUUGACAUUAACAUGUUAAUGAUGUAGUAUAUUGUAUCAACCGCUAAUUAUGGCCAACAAGGCUGCUCCAACGUGUCGAGAACGACAGCAGCCAGCUGCCUCAUGUAGUGGGUAUCGAAGUUCGAAUCUCCUAAUUGUAUAUAGAACACAACUACUGUCAAUUUAUAGGAGGUAAAUUUUAAUAUUAACAUAUCAUCAAA